AUGUCGAAUUACAGACCCGACAACCCCUCGCCUCGUCCGAGGGGCAUCCUCAAGAAUGCUUCGUACAAUCGCGACUCUCAGGAUGGCAGAACGAGCGCCUCUCUGGACAUACAGAAAGAGCAGGAAGACCAGGAUGAAACAUCGCCCUUGAUCAGGCCGCGUUCCGAGGGUGUUGAGUCUCCUCUGACCUUGUCUUCCAUGCCGUCUCCUGAAGACUCGGACAACUGGAACGCUGGCAGUGGGGAAGAGACGAAGAGCAGCUGGUAUCUGAUCCUGCUGACCUUGUCAAUCGGUGGUCUCCAGAUCGCAUGGUCUGUUGAGCUUUCCAACGGCUCGCCGUAUCUACUCAGCCUAGGCAUCAGCAAGUCCCUCCUAGCCUUCGUCUGGAUUGCCGGCCCUCUGUCUGGUACACUGGUCCAGCCCUACGUCGGCAUCAAGAGCGAUAGAUGUCGCUCGCGGUGGGGAAAGAGAAGACCGUUCAUCGUCGGUGGCGCUCUAGCCACAAUCAUUUCUCUUGUCCUGCUGGCGUGGACCAAGGAAAUUGUGCGAAACUUCUUUGCCCUAUUCAAGGUUGGCGCAGAGUCCCAGACCGUCCAUGUCGUUUCCAUUGUCUGGGCCGUGAGCUUUAUCUAUAUCCUCGACUUCUCCAUCAAUUGCAUCCAAGCUGCCAUUCGCGCCUUCAUAGUAGAUAAUGCUCCGACUCACCAGCAAAACGAUGCAAAUGCAUGGGCUUCCCGUAUGUCCGGAUUCGGUAACAUCUUGGGUUACCUCUCUGGCUACGUCAAUUUACCCAAGUAUGUUGGCUUCCUUGGAAACACACAGUUCAAGGUCCUCUGUAUUAUUGCUGUUCUAGCCUUGGCCAUCACGGUGAGUAUCUCUUGUCUGAGCAUCCAAGAACGGGAUCCUAGACUGGAAGGCAACCCGCCACCGCAAAAGGCAGGUGUCUUGUCGUUCUUUGUCGAGCUCUACCGCUCUAUGAAGCGCUUGCCUCCGCAGGUACGAAAGGUCUGCGCUGUUCAAUUCUUUGCCUGGAUCGGCUGGUUUCCCUUUCUGUUCUACAUCACCACCUACAUCGGUGAGAUCUACGUUGAGCCAUACUUUAUCGAGAACCCGCACAUGUCGCCCAAGGAGAUCGAUGCCACUUGGGAACGUGCAACUCGUAUCGGCACCUUCGCGCUCUUGAUCUUCGCAUUCACGAACUUGGCUGCAGCAGUCAUCCUGCCGUUGUUGAUCGCUCCUGGUUUCGAGCCACCGUCACCCCAACCUCAUACUCCACUCACGCCUCAUGCCUACACUCCCACAACUCCUCGCUCUUUGACUGGCAGCGAUUACUUCGCAUACACUCCGCAGCAUUCCACAAGCAAGCUGAACCUGUCCGGGCCUAACCGAUGGGAACGCAUCAAGAGUCGCAUGCCAUCCGUGCAGAUGAGGGCUUUCACGCUCCGCCGCGCCUGGAUCCUCUCGCACUUGCUCUUCGCGGGCGCUACAUUCUUGACCUUCUUCGUCCAUGACACGACUACAGCUACCGUUCUUGUUGCCUUCAUCGGUAUUCCUUGGGCACUCAGCAACUGGGCUCCUUUCGCGCUCAUCGCUGCCGAGAUCUCAAAGCGUGAAGCCAUCCGUCGUAACCAGAUUCCCGCCCCAGCCACCGCUGAAGGUGCGGCUUUGGCUAACGGUGGCGACCCAGCUGAAGGUGCUGAUCAAGCCGGAGUCAUUCUCGGUAUCCACAAUGUCGCGAUCGCUGCACCUCAAGUCAUUGCGACGCUUGUUUCGAGUGCAAUCUUUAAGGCAUUGCAGAAGCCUCGUGGUACACCAGGCGACGACAGUGUGGCCUGGGUGUUAAGAUUCGGCGGUCUUGCUGCGCUCGUUGCCGCCUAUCUGACCACGCGAAUCGCAGAAGAAGGCGAGGAGGAGGAACAGCUCUAG